AGAGAAAACCGACCAGGGCCGGUUUGGGCCGGAGACGUCGCCUGGCAACCCGGCCUCGCUCUAUAAAAGGCGGCGGGACGGCGGCCGAGCGGCUUUAUCCUGUCAGCGGCGGGACGUGAAGGAGGAGAGCGCUCCUUUUUAUUUUCCGAACGGAUUUCUUCGAUGGACAUAGUCUUCGUAAAUGUUUUUUAAGAACGAACAAGUCACAAAGGUAUAUAACGGCUACGCAGAGAGCCCAGACCUUGCGCUGUAUCUUAGAGGGUUCAACUCUGUUGGAAAGCCACCUUGGCCAGACAGCUGAGUUCUGCUUUUAACUAGAUUCCAUCUCUUACUUGCCUGUUUUGUUGCAUAUUGCAGAUUCCUGCUUCGUGCAUCAUCCUAUAAAUUCAGAAUGAAUGACUUCAGCAAUAAUGAAUUUGAUUUUGCCUUCCUUGAGGAAGGAUUUAGUGCAAGGGACAUCUUGGAAAGCAAAAUAAAUGAAGUGACUCAUUCUGAUGACAAAGAUGCUUUUUAUGUUGCUGACUUGGGUGAUGUUGUCAAAAAGCACAUGCGCUGGCAAAGGGUUCUUCCUCGUGUGGCUCCUUUUUAUGCUGUCAAAUGCAAUGAUGACAAGGCUGUGGUUAAAACUCUUGCUACUUUGGGUGCUGGAUUUGAUUGUGCUAGCAAGACUGAAAUUCAGAUGGUGCAGUCCCUUGAUGUUCCAGUUGAGAAAAUAAUCUAUGCCAACCCAUGUAAACAAUUGUCUCAAAUCAAAUAUGCAGCUACACAUGGGGUGCAGAUGAUGACAUUUGAUAGCGAAGUGGAGCUGAUGAAAGUAGCAAGAGGUCAUCCAAGUGCAAAGCUAGUUCUGCGCAUUGCUGCUGAUGAUUCCAAGGCAAUCUGCCGCUUAAGUGUGAAGUUUGGAGCAACACUUAAGACUAGUAGACUCCUCCUUGAGCGUGCCAAAGAGCUGGGUAUUGACAUUAUUGGAGUAAGCUUUCAUGUGGGAAGUGGAUGUACAGACGCUCAAACGUAUGCCCAGGCUAUUGCAGAUGCUCGUUUUGUUUUUGAUUUGGGGGUAGAGUAUGGUUACAACAUGUACUUGCUUGAUAUUGGUGGCGGCUUUCCUGGUUCAGAAGACACUAAGCUAAAGUUUGAAGAGAUUGCAGCUGUUAUCAAUCCUGCACUGGACAAAUACUUUCCCAUUGAUUCUGGAGUUCAAGUCAUUGCUGAGCCUGGUCGGUUCUACGUGGCAUCUUCUUACACACUUGCUGUGAACAUUAUUGCCAAGAAAGUGGUUCUCACUGAACAGAGCAACUCUGAUGAGGAUGAUGAAUGUGACAGGACCGUCAUGUACUAUGUGAACGAUGGUGUUUAUGGUUCAUUCAACUGCAUACUAUAUGACCAUGCUCAUGUAAAACCAGUUCUACUUAAGAAACAGAAGUCUGAUGAGAAGCUGUACUUGACCAGUAUUUGGGGCCCGACCUGUGAUGGACUUGAUCGUAUUGUUGAACGUUGCAGUAUGCCAGAGCUUCAGGUUGGAGAUUGGAUGGUGUUUGAGAACAUGGGAGCUUACACUGUUGCUGCUGCCUCAACAUUCAAUGGAUUUCAAAGACCUCAGAUUUUUUAUGUUAUGUCAAGGCCAAUGUGGCAACUAAUGCAACGAAUCAAGGAAGGUGACUUUCCAUCCCAAGUAGAGGAUCGUGCUGCUAAUACUCUACUGGCGUCCUGUGCCUGGGAAAGUGGAAUGGAACUCCUUUGUUCUUCAUGCUCUUCAACAGGAAGAGUCAAUGUCUAGAUUGUUGCAUAGAACUUCACUGGCCAUUUGACAGUCUUAAGUAGAAUGUUUGGGUGAUAUUAAAUGGCUGCUGUUUGGAACCAGUAAGUUGUUCUGAGUGCUUCAAUUUUAAAGUUGUGGUUUAGUUUAUGUAUGCAACAAAAUGGUUGACUAGGAGAUGGAAUCACAUUCUAAAGUGUUCCUAUGGAAACUUGUUUACACUUUUUAUAACAUUUUUGUAUUAUUAUUUGAACUUGAAAUAAAAAGAUUAAACUUA